CAUGCAAAUUCAGACGCAGACACCGCAACUGAAACAAACCCAAAAGGAAGAGAAGAUGAGCAGCUCAGAAGCAAAGCACAACCUCUUCGUCUAUGGCGGUCUCCAGGAGCCCGACGUCGUUCGCUUGCUCCUCAAUCGCGCUCCCGAUUCCGUCUCCGCCUUACUCCCCGGCUUUCACAGGUUUAGGCUCAAAGGUCGUGUUUAUCCGGCAGUUCUACCGUCUGAGAACGGAAAAAUCCCCGGAAAGGUGUUGAAGGGUUUAACAGAUGAUGAACUGAAGAUGUUAGAUUUGUUUGAGGAUGUUGAAUAUGACAGGAAGACAGUUGAGGUUGUCUUGACGGAUACUUCGGAGAAGAUGCAGGUCGAAACCUACGUAUGGGGCAACAAAGAUGAUCCGGAUCUUUACGGAGAGUGGGAUUUCGAGGAAUGGAAGCGGCUCCACAUGGGACGUUUCUUGACGGCGACCAAGAACUUUGUAGAAGGGAUGAAGCUUCCGGAGGGAAAGACGAGGAUCGAUACCUUCAACACAUUCUUCCGGCAAGAUGCUUCUUAAUGCUUCUCGGGUCUUCGGAGCUCGCUCUUACUAGUAAAUAAUGCCCGGACGAGGAGAGGUCAGUGGUUUUCUUCGCCAAAUGAGAAAAAUAAGGUUGCGGUGUGUUGUGAUUCUCGUUACGGAGAACUACUAUGUGCAAUGUUACGUUAGCUUCGAUAUGAAAGGAAGCAUCAAGAACAUGACUGUACAUUCUAUCUGGUAGAUUUGGUUGAAGGAAUAAUGGAAACAGAGUAAGAUAAACUCGUUCUUCAUGCCCA